CUGGCCGAGGAGCCGGCGACAAGGCGGCCAUGAGCAGCGCCGAGGACCGCAACGCGAAGCUCCCCGCGGUCCUGUGGCUAAAGGUGCUCGGCUUUCUCGCCUUGACUGGGGAUCAAGAGACCAAAGCGGCAGGGAGGGGAGUCUUGCACCGGGAGAUGAGGUUCGUGUGUCGCAAUAUGUAUAUCGCCAGCAUGUCCCUCCUGCGUACACACUAUCUGCCUGCAUACAUUCGACAAGUAUGCCCACCUUUCACGACAGACCCUUGGCCCGCCUCGUCAUCCUCUUCCUCCUUCUCCCCGAAAUACGGUUCAUGCAGGGAAACCCGUGUCCUCGACCUCUACGUAGCCGCCGAAACGAAGCGCGACUCUGAGCACUUUGAGAGCGACUUACUUGAGCAACCUGGCAUGGGGAACCUCUUCGACCUUCACCAGCCCCGAGCUAGGCUGGAGGACUUGAUUGCUCAGCGUGGGACGAUGAGUGGACAUUUGGUGGAACGAGUUACCCAGACGGGGGAGAGCAGGGUGAGAGCGCAGGACGUCUCUAUCAAUUUUGGACUGAGAAAAGCGGAGCUGCGCCUGCCCAUGGCAACGUCGAGCAAUAGCACAGGCGGAGAUCGUGGGCGGCCGCUUCCUCGCCGUACACUGCUUGAGGUGGAGCGCACCCGCACCACCAGCCUCGAGGAGACGGCAGACGCUCUAUUGCACGAGCUCGCCUGCAUACCGCUUCGUGCGGUGGUAACACCCUCUGAAUCGGGAGACGAUGGGCUACUCUCCGUAUCGUACGUUGAGGAUGCCAGUUCGGCGCACCAGAGAGGGCUGGCACCUCUCCCUCCUCAGCAGAGACAGCCGCAAGAGCAGCAAGCAUCGGGCGCAGAAGCAGACAAGGCGGGCAAAGGGCCUUCGUCGAGAUCGCGGGUAUCAAAUUGGUUCAAGAAAGUGUCCAGUACAGGCUCUUAGCGAGGGUGCCUCGCACUCUCAGUGCCAGCCCGUCUGGAAGCGUACUUGUCUUCCCUGCUGGCCAGACCCCCUCCAGAGCAUAGAGCCACUGCUUGGCACGUUUGGCGCCGCAAGCCUCUGGCGCUUACGGUCCUCCUCAGCAACGAUGGAUGAGAUGCCGAUUAUGUGCUGAACAAAGGCGGUGGGCGG